AAAUAACAAAUGGUGGUGGCAAUUUGAUUGAUUGCGGAAGUUGACAAACUGAAACAGGAAGUUCCGAGGAGCGCCUGAAGGCAGCACCAACGGUUUACUACUGGGAUGCGUUCAGGCUGCAUUGUGUCGAGAGGGAAUCAAAGAUGGAGGAGUACCCUGCGAAACAAGCGCCCGAGAACCUCGACGACCCGCCGAACAGUCGCCUCUUCGUGGUCACCAGCCGGGCGGUGACCGAGGACGCGCUGCGCGACGGCUUCUCCGUGUUCGGCGAGGUGCAGGGCGUGUGGGUGGUCAAGGACAAGCAGACGAAGGAGUCCAAAGGCAUCUGCUACGUGAAGUUCGCCAAGUCGUCGCAGGCCUGCCUCGCCAUGGAGGAGAUGCACGGCAAGGUGCUGAGCGAGGGCACCAAGCCCGUCAAGGUAUUUAUUGCCCAGUCACGAUCUUCAACGCGGCACAGAGACGUCGAGGAUGAAGAGUUGACCAGAAUCUUUGUCAUGAUCCCCAAAACCUUCUCAGAGGAGGACCUCAAAGACACAUUCAAGGAAUAUGGCGAUAUUGAGUAUUGCGUGAUCAUCAAGAAUAAGUUCACCGGGGAAAGUAAAGGUUUGGGCUACGUGAGAUACUACAAACCCUCCCAAGCCGCCAUCGCUAUAGAGAACUGUGACAAAACUUACAGGGCCAUCCUGGCCGAACCUCGCACCAAGGCCACAGCGCCUGAAGAUUACUCUGGGGGAGCCAGCAGAGGGGAUUACGCGGGCGGCAAUGACGCCAUGAACCAGUACGCCGCCCCGAUGGCCGACCAGGGGAACUACCAGGCCAUGGACUACCGCUCGGGUGACUUCACGCGGUGCCUGAUGAUGUCGACGCGGGCCGCGCUCACCCAGGAGCAGAUCUUCGCUCUAUUCGACCUCAUCCCCGGUAUGGAAUACUGCGAGCUCCAGAGAGACGCCUAUGGGAUGAGCAAAGGUCAUGCGUUGAUUCGCUACAGUAACCUGGGAUCAGCAGUUUACGCCAAGGAGAAGCUGAAUGGCUUUGAAUUUCCGCCUGGCAACAGACUGGUUGUAAAUUUUGUCGACGACGGAGAGGACCGCAGCAGUCCUGUAGGUCGGAUGGCCAUGCAGUUCGUUGCGACCCAGAUGAUGUCUUCCGUCUGGAACGGCGGACCGUCCACCAGCCAGGUGAUGAAACCUCCUGGUUUCUCCAAUGUCUCUCCGAUGUCCCGGGUUCAGACGGACGUGAGCCUGCCGCCGCCCAAGAAGCUCGCUCCGCCCGACAGCAAGACCAAGGAGCGCUUGUUUGUCGUGUUCAGCCCCUCCCCGCUGCCCCCGGACGUGCUGGAGGACGUUUUCUGUCGCUACGGUUCACUCAUCGAGGUGCAUUUGGUUCCAGGGAGGAAAGUUGGAUACAUGAAGUACGCAGAAAAGCAGUGUGCAGACGAGGCCAUGGCGGCGCUCCACGGGCGCGUCGUCAACGGAGUGAAGAUGAAGGUGAUGCUGGCCGACCCUCCCAGAGAGGAGUCGCACAAGCGCCCUCGUACCUACUAGGGACCGCGUGACAGGAAACGACCGGGUCUGUUCAGGGACAAAGAAAACGUGUUAGCGUGUUGGCAGGACUUUUCUCCUAACAAUGUAACGCUGGUGCUAUUAUUAUUAUUAUUAUUAUUAUUAUUAUUAUUAUUAUGCUCAACUAUCACCGCGUUUCUGCUUCAGUACAUGAAAUAUUUUAACACCCAGAUUAACCCAUCAGAUUACGUGUGAGGGAGACUGUUCACUCCUGACUGCAGUUUUUUUUAAUACUAUUUUUGUAAGAAAAACACAAGAUGUCAACUAGAGCGGCUUUCAGACAUUGAAGCGCUGAAGUCCGGACAUUUUCCGGAACUUUUCUUGCCAGUCCCCCUAGGGAAGUGUCCGGACAAUAUCAGAGUGAGACCGUGUGAGAACACAGCAGGAAAAUGUCCGGAAAACCCGUGUGUUGAAUUUGUGUCAACAAAAACAUGUCCCGCCUGCUGCAUGCUCGACCCAGACGCCACAGGAUGUUCCGGACGUUUUCCCGCUCUCUGUAUGCGUCUGACUCGGAUAUUCUCCCGCUGCGUCCUCCGCGCGUGAACGUCAAACUUCCCCGGGAAAAUGUCCGAGACCCCGAUUUUCCUGGAGUUCUCGUGUGAAAGCGUUUCUAGUAGCUAGUGAUGACAGUUGAGUUGUUUCUCUCUCUCUCUCUCUGUGAAUAACGCUGCAGCUUCUUGCUCCCCAGGCGACUGUUGUCACGACACACAAUGACACCUGACCUGACAGACCGACCGACAUCGAGACCUCCUCCCCGACUCCUGACACGACCUUUUGACACCUGUCUGACCUUUACUUCUGGUCAGUGACCUUUGCUGUGACUCACCGGUAUAACAAGUGCACAGGGAGUCUUGAUCAGAGAUCCUCUACGGCGUGAAGUCGUUUGUGGUCAGUGUCUUGCUUUUUCCUUUUUCUUUUUAACGUAAGUACGUAGUUUCAACCUUAUCAGCUGGACUCAUCGAUGUACAGUACAACCUCAGCAUCACAUUGUUAUUUAUCAACGGACUAUUGGAGAACAGUUUAGUUUAUUUCUUAGUUUAAACGCCCGAGUUUCAUCUUAGAUCAUUGGGUCGGCAACAUUUUCUUGUUGAGAAAUGUCAGGGCAGGAUUUCUAAAGUUUUGCAUUUCAGAUUCUAGUCCUCCUUCUUUUUUCCCCUCCUCUCUCUGUUGCGAUGCCCUGUGAUCUCAUGUUGAGCUCAGUUCAUUUGUGUUUCUCAGUCUGUAUACUUUUGUCUCAUUUAAAAUAAAAAUGAGUUCAAGAAAACA